AAAUUUGACAAAGAGGACAGGUAACAAUCGUAUUUGACGUCAUCAGACAGGUGAGAGUAUCGAGAAGUUAAUUUGAGAAGGGAAACCCCCUACAAAGUGACAUCACACGAAUUCCGGUUUAUCGGUGAACGAGGCAAGAAGAAUCAAACUAAAUAACAAGUUGAAGAAAAGUUUACAGGACAACUAAACCAGCUUUUAAUGAGAGUCAGGGAAUACAUUUUAUUAUCAGACAUAAUUUUAGCUGAUUUUUGGAUUUGAAUGAAUGGUUAAAAAUGUAGAAGAAACAUAUUUUUAAAAAGUGGAAUAAGAAAAAUAUGAUAAGCAGAGACUAUAUUGUAUGGAAUUAACAUUAUAAAAUAUAAACCCAUGUGUUGACAUUUUCAUCAAUGCUUCUUCUGAUUACUGUGACUGAACAUCAAACUGAAAAUUAAUUAGUUUUCUACAAAGGACUUGAUCAUUAGAGAUGGCGGGAGGAGUUGGAUUUAUACGUGUUAAACUUCUCCAGGUGGAGAAAGGGAGUUCAAUGGACUCUAUAGCCCCUAUGUUUGACCCUUAUGUAGCUGUGAAUGUGAAAGAGUCUGUUCAAACACCAGGUCGUGGUAUUCAGCAAGUUCAGAAAAAGCGCACAAUUUAUCCUGAAUGGAAUACAUGUUUUGAUGCACAUUUGUAUGAUGGCAGAGUUAUCAACCUUGUUGUCAUGGAGAAACCAAAUAGAUUUUUAGCAGAGAUUACAUUAUCAGCAAAAGUAUUGGCAGAAAAAUGCACAGAUGGAAAUAUAGCAACUGCCUGGUUAGAUUUGAAACCAUCAGGAAGAUUACAGAUACAAGUCAGAUUCUUCUCGGAACAAGAAGAACAAGUGCCAUUUAUUGAUACUGAGAAAGAAGCAACAGGAGGCAUUACACGCAGGAGAGGUGCCAUCAAACAGGCUAAAGUACAUGAAGUCAAAGGUCACCAAUUUAUUGCCAAGUUCUUCCGCCAAUUUACAUAUUGUUCAUUCUGUAAUGAGUUUAUAUGGGGACUCAACAAACAGGGCUACCAAUGCAAAGUUUGCAAUUGUGCAGUUCACAAGAAGUGCCAUCAUCAAAUAUUGGGAACCUGUCCUGGCAGUGCUAAGGAUAGUAGGGAAACCAAGAUGAUGUCAGAGAGAUUCAACAUAAAUGUGCCACAUAGAUUUAAAGUCAAUAAUUAUAUGUCUCCAACAUUCUGUGAUCACUGUGGCACCCUGCUGUAUGGUCUGUUUAGACAAGGUUUAAAGUGUGAUGUUUGUGGUGUAAACUGUCAUAAGAAAUGUGAAAAGCUGAUGCCAAAUCUAUGUGGAAUAAAUCAGAAAAUGUUGGCAGAAAAAUUAAAUGAAAUUAGAAAAAUGCCAAGUCAAAAGAAAGGCAAGACAGGCAUGUCCAAUAAUACAUCAACUACUAGUGUACAUGUACCAAUGCGCAAUGGUAAAUCAGGGAAAGGAUCAAAGUCCUCACACUUAAAUUCUGAUGGAAAGGAAGAUGAAAGUUCUGAUGAUGAAUAUUUAGGUUAUGACCAGAUUUGGGGUAAAGAGGGUGCUCCUCACCAACCUCCAGGAGGCGGACCUCCAGGUCCACCCAGGAAGAAAUUUACUACAUCUGAUUUUACAUUCCUUAAAGUUCUGGGUAAAGGAAGCUUUGGAAAGGUGAUGUUAGCAGAACAUAAAGGAAAGAAGCAGUAUUAUGCUGUGAAGGUGCUAAAAAAGGAUGUAGUAUUAGAGGAUGACGAUGUAGAAUGUACAAUGAUAGAAAAACGUGUUUUAGCAUUAGGUUGCAGCCAUCCCUAUCUGACACAUUUACACAGUACUUUUCAUACCCAGGGUCAUUUAUUUUUUGUAAUGGAGUAUUUAAAUGGUGGAGAUUUGAUGUUCCAUAUACAGUUGUCAGGGAAAUUUGAAUUCCCUAGAGCACAAUUUUAUGCAGCUGAAAUAUGUUUAGGAUUAGAAUUUUUGCAUUCCAAUGGUAUAAUUUAUAGAGAUUUAAAAUUAGACAAUGUAUUAUUAGAUAAAGAAGGACAUAUCAAAAUUGCUGAUUUUGGAAUGUGUAAAGAGAGAGUAUUUGGUGAAAAUAAAGCCACAACUUUUUGUGGGACACCUGAUUAUAUAGCAUAUGAAAUAUUAAAAGGCCAGAAGUAUAAUUCUUCUGUUGAUUGGUGGUCAUUUGGUGUUUUAUUAUAUGAGAUGUUGAUAGGACAAUCACCGUUCCAUGGAGAUGAUGAGGAAGACUUGUUCCAUUCCAUCAUGAAUGACACACCACAUUAUCCAAGAUGGCUAGCCAAAGAGGCCUCUUCGUUACUUAGUUUGCUAUUUGAAAGAAAUCCAAAGAUACGAAUGGGUAUGACUGAUUGUGUAGCCGGACCAAUUAGAAUGCAGGCAUUUUUCAGGAACAUUGAUUGGGAUAAAAUGGAAAGACGAAUGGUGGACCCACCAUUUAAACCUACGAUCAAAUCUGCUCAUGAUAUAUCUAACUUUGACACUGACUUUACAAUGGAGAAACCAAACAUAACACCACCAGACAAGGAUUAUAUCAAAACAAUGAACCAGAAAGUCUUUAUGGGAUUUAGCUUUACCAGUGCUAUGGCUGAUGACUGAUCGACCAAUUAAAUGACUUGUUACAAAUGCUCAUAUAACAUUGUACAAUCAAAUGCAAUCUGUGAUACGAUAAUUGUAGAAAUAAUUGCAUGAUACAUUUGUCAUAUAGAAUUGUUUUGAUUACUAACAGUUAAAGAGGUUUAAAAUUUUUAUUAAUGGGCAAGCAGGAAACAGGCACAUAGCUCUUACUGACUUAGAUCUAGAAAUGAACCUGUUGUUCCCUUAAUAGAUGAAUUUAAAAUAACCCAUGAAAAUUGAAAAAAAAAGGUGAUAAGAUUGUAAUCCAGGAAACCUAUGGUUUAUUUGCCCAGCAGAGGCUAACCAUGCACGCUAACUAAAAUUGCAUUAUUUCUGAGGCAAAAAGUGAGUGGCCUUUUAUUAAUUCCCUGUACUUACUAAUGAAGUAAGCAUGGUUAUCUAACCAAGUGAAGAUAAAUUCAAGAAUCUUGCCAAAGAUUUUUCAUUUGUGUCAAAAAUAUUUAGUUGGUGAAUUGAUCAGCAAAAUUAUAACAAACCCUCCUCUGGAAUUCAUCUCAGCUGUUUUCUCUAAUUUGCAGUGUGCAUUUAUUUAUUUAAUAAUAUUUCAAUAGUCUGUUGAUAUUUUUCAUCAAGUUGGUUUUAAAAAUUGUGUACUAUCAACAUUUCAUCAUCAAUUUCAUAUCUUUUUAUUUUUUAAUGGACCAACUUUGCAUGGCAACUAAUAUUGGCUCUUAAAAAUGUUUUGCCGAGUCUCUUUUUGAAAUUCUUUGUGUUUGGUUACAUUGUUAGUAUACUGGAUGGCAUUAAACACCUGAAUCAUUAUAAUAAUAAGAAUACAGGGUUGUGUUCAUUAUCAUAGCAGCUAGUAUAAGCGCUAUAAUCUAUAUAUUUAAGUUGAACAAUAGGCUAUCAAAAUAGGUGUUGAUAAUAAUACCAAUCAAUCACCAUUGCAGAAAUAGCGUGAUUUUUGGGAGAUACCUAUUAAGCAUUAUGGUAAUAAACGCAAAUCUGUACUAUAUUUUGUGCAAGAAGAAAGUUCAUUUGAAUUAUUUCCCUUAAUUAUGAUUUUAUUUUUUAUUCUUUACAAACAUGUUUUGAAAAUUGACUUUAUUUACCAUUUGUGUAUUUAAUUUCAUUUAUAAAAAUUAUUUUGCCAUGUUAUAAUUCUACAAAGUAAUUGAAGAAUGAAACCUUUCAAAGGGUAAAAAUAUAUUUGUAUUCUAAACUACAAUUAGAUUUAUCUUAUCCAUGGGAAAUAACUGUUUCAGCUAUCCAUCCAUGUCAGAUCAGUGAUUUAGGAAUAAAUUCAUGUGAGAUCAAUGAUUUAAGAAAUUGUCACUUAUAUAGAAAUUGAUCGAUGUGGAAAUCGGUGAUUUAAGAAUAAAUCCAUAUGAGAUCAGUGAUUUAACAAUAAAUCAGUGUGAGAAAUAAGUAAUUUAACAAUUGAUCCAUGUUAUUUAAGUGAUUUAAGAAUGAAUCCAUGUGAGAUCACCAAUUUCACAAUUAAUUAGUGUGAGAUCAGUGAUUAAGCAAUAGAUCCACAUGAGAUCAGUGAUAUUCUAUGUGAGAUCAGAAAUGAAUUAAUCCGUCAAAUAUGAUGGAUGUUUCCUACAUUUAACUCACUGUGUAUGUUUGAGUGAAUGUUGAUGUCUGUUAUAAUUAUUGUAUAAAGCGAGAUACAUAGUGGUUGAUUAUUUAUGCAUUGUAGUUAUUCCAGGAAUGUUCGAAACAUAUUGUACAGAUGAUAGGUAUAUUGUUAACAUUAGUACAUACGUAUAUUGUAAAUAUUCGUCAAUCUCAUCUUUUUUUACUAUUAUCCUAAACUGUUACAUGAAUAAUAAUGUUUAAACUGCACAUCAAGCUAAAAGCAAUUGGUCAUUCAACUACACUUUUUAUUAUUUUAUUACUAUGGAUUCAUAUUUUUAUUAGAUUUUUUGCACAUAUGGUAACCACACAUUUUAAUGUUCAAUAUAGUGCAAAUUUUCCAUUGGCUUCUAUGAUGACUUAGAAAAACCAAGAAACCAAAAACCAUUAGAAUAGUGGUAUUCCUCAAUCGACGAAAGUCUGAUUAUCAUAAUCAUAAGCAGAUCAUGACGGCCUAAGACAUUUUAAGAUAAAGAACCCAAAUUGAAUGUUCUUUGGAUUGUAAUAUACAUCAGAUCUUACAGCUCUAUACAGUCUUACCAUUUGCCAUUAAGUAUAUUACUUGACAUUUAUUUACGAAGUGAAAGUGAAGAAUGCAUGUUGAGUUGAAAAUUUUCUUUAAAAUAUUUAAUGUGUAUGCCUUGGACAUGUAGAGUUUAAAUUGUGUCAAUAUUUGGCAGAGAUUUUGAUGAAGUCCAAAACAAAGUUAGAAACUAUAUUGUGUCAAUUUAUUGUCAUAGUUCUGCAAAAUUUUGUUAUCUUAUUUAUACAGGUUCCAUUUACUUGAAAUGUUGUUUAUUAUUAUUAUUGUAUACUAAUAUAUAUAUAUAUACAUAUACACACCAUUAUUUAUCCAAUUCAGCCUGUCUGAUGUGUGUUUGUUGGCGUAUGAAUGUUUUAUAUGAGUCAUUUAUGCAAUUGUUACUAUCAGGACAAAGGAUUUCAUAUGUACUUUUUAUAUACUGUGUGACGCAGGACUUCAAAUCAUAAUUUAAGCUUAUAUUGAAUAAUAUUGGUGCAUCUGGAUUAUGUAAUGUUACUAUGUAUUUUUUUGUAAUCAUGAUGUUUGUCGGAUAUUAUAUACAACUCAUUUGUGUUAUGAUCACCGUUUCAGAAUCUAAUGCUUUAUGGGUAAAUUUUCAAAAGUGUACACCAAAACACUGUGAUUGGUUAACAACAUACCAAACAUUUAAAAUUUAACCAAUGAAAUUAAGUUGAUUUCUUUUUGGGUAAAACAAAAUCUGAAAAAUGAUCUAUGACUAUUCAUAGAUAGAUGACAAACAAAUUAAAGACAAUGGUAGCUAAAGCAAAUAUGUGGAGAGUUGUCUCAUUGGCAAUCAUACCACAUCUUCUUAUUUUAUGUUAACAAAACCAGACUUCAUCACAUCACUUCUUUUUCCUUGCAUAUUCAACAGAAGGCAGCAUUAUAUUAUUAAAACCAAUUUCCACUUUUGAAUUUAUAGAUCUUUAAAUGUGUUGUAAGGAACACUAAAUUAAUUCAUUUUGUAAGCGUAACCUUUAAGGUUGUUUUUUUCACUGCUUAAAUCAAGGAACUACUAUUUGGUUUACAGAAUUUCUCUCCCUUAUAAAAGAGUAGAUAUUUUCUGGCACCUAUAGGGCUCAUGGCUUCAGGACUCUUGAUUAAAUUAAAAAAUAACAAAAGUUAAUUUCUGUAUUAGUUCAUCUAUCAGUUACUGCCAUAAAAAAAAAAGUUGUUUUGUGAGCUUUUUAUGCUGAUCUCUACUUGCCUUCUUAUGUGUUGUUGGGUUACUGCGUUGAUGUCUACCAAACAUUCAUUUAAUUAUAUUAAUUAGUAUGGAAUAAUAGAUGACUAAUAAUAAGAAUAAAUCUGUAUUUACAUAACAUUGACUUACAUCAUGUAGUAUGCAUGCAUUCAAGUUAUAUGAAGCAAAACUUAGCCUCAGGUUAAAAUUUUAAUACAAAACCUUUUGGAGAAUUUUAAAGCUCUAACUGCCACUAAGUAAAGAAAAACUUGACAUAUAUGUAUCCUUAAGAUUUCAUUUUGCAUGUAAAAAUUAAAAUGAUAUAAAUAUUAAUACCUUUUUGGAUCUGACAUUAACAACAUAAUAUUUUGAAUUUGAUAGUUUAUUUUACCUUAAAAAAAUGUUUUCAAAGUAUUUAUCAACCAAGUUUGGAAACAAAUAUUUGUAACUCUCAAAAUUAGGUUCAACCUGAAUAUAUUUUUUUUUAGUCUUACUGUAAUUGAUUUUUAUUUAUAGACUAACAAACAGAAAUGCAAUAGACCACUUUUGUGUUCAUCCCUCACCGGAAAAAACUCGUCAAUUAUACGCACCUUUAUGACGUCAUUUACCAGAUAGAGGGGGUCGCCUGUAUCCCUGCACUAUUUACGUUCAUCAAGCGUCUUAGUGAUCGUCAUUGUGUAGGAUAAACUAGAAAUAAUGGUUGUUCUGUAGGUACUAAAUGACAAUUUCCUAAUGACAGCAGUGCUAGUUGUCAAUUUUGAGAAUUCAAUUUGCCGAAUAAUUCGUACAAUACAGAAUUAUAGUUUUCCAACCACUCGCUCAACAUUGGAAUGGAAGUGACGACGCCCCUAAACGCACAAAUGACGGUGAUAAAGGCGCGUAUAAUUGACAAGUUUUUUCCAGUGACGGAUGAACUCGAAAGUGGUCUUUUGCUAAGGACAUUCAUGCCUUUUGUUCCUUCAAAAGUAUUGCAUUAUCCAAUCAGAAUCUAUGUUACAAACAAUUCAUGCCUUUUGUUCCUUCAAAAGUAUUGCAUUAUCCAAUCAGAGUCUAUGUUACAAACAGCAUUGUAUUUGUAUUAGAAAGAUUAUUGUCUGCAAUUGUGAAUAUGUGUUUACAGACUUUAAACCAAAAUGUCAUAUUUGUUACUUUUUCUUUUUUUAGAUAAAUGCUACAGAAAGAAGUGUAAAACCACAUGAAAAUUUUGUUAUAGCUUCACUUGUAUUUUUGUUACUUGGCAUAAUAAUUGUUGCUUAUAAUGUACAGACAUUUUUGAAUGGUUAUUGUUUUGUUAAUAUGUAUAUUGUUUACUUUCUAUAUGAAAUCCAGGAACCCAAAGACUAACAACCACCUAAUACUUAUUUGUAUUUUAUCUAAUGAAAUAAAAAGUCAAAAUAGA